AUUGAUUCCAUAAAUCUAAACUUAGUAUUCGAUUCAUUUCAUUAUAUAUAACAGUUCAAGAAAAAAAAACCAUCUCAUCAGUAUAUAUCAUCAAUCAUGAAAAAAGUUUCUUUGUUGUGCUUAUGUUGCAUCACCAUCUUGGCAACAAGUUUAAGCUUCAAUGUAGUUUCAGCACACGAGAUAGCCGUGAAUGCGCCAAAUACGAUUAAAGAUAUAGAGUCAUACAUCUCUACCAGAGCCAUUGGGUUUGUUUUAAAGCUGGAAGAUGAGUGUCCGAUAAGAGAAAAGCUAAGAUCAUUCUUUGAGAAACUAAAGGAUCUCUUGAAGUUGGAGUCCUCUGUUACACCGAUGAUCGAAGAAAAUGAGCCCAAAACGUUCAUGUCCCAUAUGAAAUCGAAAGCCGAUAAUCUCCUCCAAACGAUGUUGAUGAUUGGGAGAGGACUGUUGAGUUCAAGUGUAAGGAAGGAGAUGUUUAAAGUGAUGAAAUCGCUCACUGAGUUACAUGCUGCGAUUGGUAAAGUUAUUACGGAGAAACAUAUAAAAGGGGACGAAUCAAUGUCACUUUCUUUGGAACAAAAGAACGCCGUCGAAAAUGCAGUAUCUCAAUGGGAAGUAACAAUCACCCGAAUCGUGGAGAUUGUUGUAGAAGUUAAGUCAAAAAGUUCAAGUGCGGCUUCAGGGGAAGAGAGCAGUAAUACUGGUCAAAACAGCACUUCGGUGAAUGAAACCACGUUGGAGUCAAAUAAAGGAAAUUCCGAGUCCAUGCAAGAAAAUUCAGAUAAUGUUAGUGAAAGCAAUGAAGAUUCGAAAAACGAUGUAGCAAUGAAGGCUAAAGAAGGCAAUAGAGUAGAAGAUGUUAAAGGAGGUAAUAAGUUUUUUUAGGAAAAAAAAAAACGUAGACUCUAAUAUCUUUUUUUUGUCAACAAUCUAGAUGUGAAUAAUGAGAAGCAAUUAGAAGCUCAAGGAGGGAGUAUUGAUUCGAAUACUAAUACGAGCUUGGAUGCUAAAGAGGAUAUUAACUCAGAGGUCAAGGCUAAUACUGAUGGAAGUUCCAUUACUAAGAACUUGGAAGAAGCUAAAGGAAAUAGUGGAGUUUUAACAAAUGAUAAUAAUUUGGAGAACAAAGGGAGUGAGAAGAAAUUAGAAGUUCAAGGAGGAAACAAUGGAGAUUCACAAAUUAACAAGAAUUUAGAUACUAAAGAAGAUGUUAAGUCGGAGGUUGAUGCUAGAAAUGAUGGAAGUUCGAUGACUGAAGAGUCGGAAACUCAAGGAAAUGAUGAAGUUUCUACAAAGAAUACUAACUUGGAGAAUAAAGGAAGUGAGGCUACAUUAAAUGAUGAAUACCACACAAAAGAAAAUGGGAAAAAUACUCAAGAAAACAAUGCAGAACUAGUGAAUGAUGAGAACUUGGAGAAUAAAGAAAAUAAUGGAGAACUAGUGAAAGAUGAAAACUUGGAGAACAACAAAGAUAAUAAAGAAGUGAAGGAUGAUGGUUUUGUAGAGACUAAGACAAAUCAUGAAAAUUCUACUGAAGAAAAGAGAGAACAUACUCAAGGAGGAACUGAAGUCUCUAUGAAUGGAGAAGUGAUGCCUACCAAAGGUGGAAAUGUAGAUUCUAAUAAGGAGAGUGAAGUAGAGUUUCAAGGAGAAAGUAUUGGGAACUCAACCAAAGAUAUAAAUUUGAAGGAUAAAGAAGAUGUUAAGUCGAAAGUAGAGACUAAUAAAAAUGAUGAAAGUUCCAUGAAGGAGAAGCAAAGAUAUUCUCAAGGAAAUGAUCGAGUUUCAACAAAAGAUCAAAACUUGGAGAGCAUAGGAGCACACAAAGAGACUAUGAAUCACAAAACAGUAGAGGCUAUGAAAAAUAAUGGAGAUCAGAUGAAGGAUAAGAGGGAAGAAAAUCAACAAAGAGAAUCAAUGAAGGAUGAGAACUCAGAGAACAAAGAGGAUAAAAAUGAAUUGAAGGACAAUGAAUUAGUAGAGACGAAGACAAGUAAUGAAAGUUCUGUAAAAGAAAACAAGGAAGAGGCUCAAGGAAGUAAUGAAGUUUCGAUGAAUGGUCAAAUGGAUUCCUUAGGUGGAAAUGUGGAUUCUAAUAAUAAGGAGGCUGUAGAAUUUAAAAAAAGACAUGUUGAAGACUCGAAUAAAGAUUCUAAACCUAAGGUAGAGGCAAUAAAAAAUGAAGGCAAUUCCAUGGAAGAGAAGGGAGAAGUGGCUGAAGGGAACAAUGGAGUUUCAACAGAGGAUAAGAACUUAGAGAACAUCGAAAGUGAACAAGAAUUAAAGAACAAUAUACCAGCAGACACGAAGACCAACAAAGAAACUACUAUGGAAGAAAAUAAAGAGAAGGAUCAUGUAAACAAUGAUGAGUCCACAUAUGAUGGAAAUAAGAACGAGUCUAAAGAUGAUAAGUUGGACAAGACUAAGAAAAAUAAAAAAGAUCAUAUGGAUAAAAAGUGGCGAGAGGCUAAGGGAAAUGAAAAAAGUUUUAUGAGAGAACACCAAAAAGAGGUUAGUGUUGACAACAAAGGCGACAAGAAAGAGAUUAAGGAUGGAAAACCGCUGGAAGUUAAAGAAAAUAAGGAAAACAAAGAAGAAACUCAAAGAAACAGUAGUGGACAAUACACAAACGUAGACAAUAAAGAAGGUAAGGAUGACAAAUCAAAAGAGGCUAAAGAAAAUAAGGAAAGUUCUAACAAUAAAAUACAAGAAAAAGUGCAAGGAAGCGGUAGAGAUACAACUAAGGUAGACAGAAAAAAAGAUAGAAGCUCUAUAGAUAACAUGGACAUAGAGGUUCAAAAAGGAAGUGAAGAGUCAAUGAAAGAGGCAGAAAGAAAAGAGCAUGAAAAAAAUAAAUCUACGAAAAUUGAAAAAGAGGAAAAAAAGCAGAAAGAGCACGAAGAACACAAAUCCAAGAAGAAAGAAGAAGAGAAAAGGAAAGAGCAUGAAAAAAAUAAGAGAAAUGAAGAAGAGAGAAAAGAUCACGAAAGAAACAAACUGAAGAAUGAAGAAGAGAAAAAGAAACAGAAAGAGCACGAAGAACACAUAUCCAAAAAGAAAGAAGAAGAGAAAAGAAAAGAGUACGAAAGAAACAAAUCAAAGAAAAAUGAAGAAGAGAAAAAAAAGCAGAAAGAGCACGAAGAACACAUAUCCAAAAAGAAGGAAGAAGAAAAAAGGAAAGAGCACGAAAGAAACAAAUUAAAGAAUGAAGAAGACAAAAAGAAGCAGAAAGAACACGAAGAACGCAUAUCCAAAAAGAAGGAAGAUGAGAAAAGGAAAGAGCACGAAAAAAACAAAUCGAAGAAAAAUGAAGAAGAUCGAAAGAAGCACAAAGAGCACAAAGAACACAUAUCCAAAAAGAAAGCAGAAGCGAAAAGGAAAGAGCAAGAAAAAAACAAAUCGAUGAAAAAUGAAGAAGAGAAAAAAAGGCAGAAAGAGUACGAAGAACACAUAUCCAAAAAGAAAGAAGAAAAUAAAAGGAUAGAGCACGAAAGAAACAAAUUGAUGAAUGGAGAAGAGAAAAAGAAGCAGAAAGAGCAUGAAGAACACAUAUCCAAAAAAAAGGAAGAAGAGAAAGAGAAUGAGCACGAGAAAAACAAAUCGAAGAAAAAUGAAGAAGAGAAAAAUAAGCAGAAAGAGCACCAAGAACACAUAUCCAGAAAGAAAGAAGAAGAGAAAAGGAUAGAGCACGAAAGAAACCAUCUGAAGAAUGAAGAAGACAAAAAGAAGCAGAAAGAGCACGAAGAACACAUAUCCAAAAAGAAAAAAGAAGAGAAAAUGAAAGAGCAGGAAAAUAACAAAUCAAAGAAAAAUGAAGAAGAGAAAAAGAAGCAAAAAGAGCAUGAAGAACAUACAUCCAAAAAGAAUGAAGAAAAGAAAAAGGCUCAAGCAAGGAGUGAAGAACAUGAGAAAAAUAUGCAAGCAGAAGCUCAAGCAAAAAGUGAGGUAUCUGAAAAAGAAACGCAAACAAAAGAUCAAGCAAAGAAUGAAGAACCAGAGAAAGAAAUGCAAGCAAAUGCUCACACUGAAAAUGAGGAAUCCGAGAAAGAAAUGCAAGCAGAAGCUCACGCAAGGAGUGAGGAAUCUGAAAAAGAAAUGCAAGAAGAAGCUCAAGUAAAGAGUGUUGAAUCUGAGAAAAGAAAGCACACAAAGGCUCAAGCAGAAAAUGAAGAUUCCUCGAUGAAAAAGCAAGAAGAAAUUCAAGAAACAAAUGUGGGUGAAAAGAAAGAUCAAGGUGAUCUUAAAGAGGAAGGUUCCGCAGAUGGCAAAACAACUGAAAUCAAAGAAGGUUCUAUAGAAGAAGACUCCAAAGAUGGUGAAACUGUUGAAAACAAUGGAGUUAAUGAAGAAGCCAUGGAAGAACAUUCCAAAGAUGGCAAGGUAGUUGAAACCAAUGGAGGUAAAGAAGAUUCCAUGGAAGAAGGUCCCAAAGAUGAAAAGUUAAUUAAAGAUAAUGAAAACACAACUGAAAUAAGUGGAGGCAAAAAUUCUACGGUGGGAGAUUCAUCUUCUGAUGAUGGUAAGAUAGUGGAAAACAGUGGUGGCAAAGAAGAUUCCCUGGAGGAAGGUGAAGAUGGUAAAACAGUUGAAAUGCAUGGAGGUAAAAAUUCCACUGAAGAAGUUUCUAAAGAUAGUACGACAGAAAUUAAUGGUGGUAAAGAAGAUUCAAUAGAAGAAAUCUCUAAGGAUGGUGAUAUAGAUGAAAUAAAUAGAGAUAAAGAAGAUUCCAUGAAGGAAGGUUCUGAAAAUGGUAAGACAGCUGAAAUCGAUGGAAGAAAAGAAGUUCCAAUAGAAGAAGGUUCUAAAGAUGGUAAGACACUUGAGAAUAACAAUAGUACAGAAAAUUCGGUAGAGGAAGGUUCUAAAGAUAGUAAGACAGUAGAAGUCAAUGAAGGCCAAGAUAAAUCCAUGGAGGAAGGUUCAAAGGAUGGUAAUACAACUGAACUAAAUGGAAGUAAAGAUAACUCAAUGGAGGAAGGUUCUACAGAUGGUAAUACAGUUGAAACAGAUGGAGUCAAAGAAGAUUCCAUGAAAGAUAAGGCGACGGAGGUUCAAGGAAACAAUAAUAGCUCCACAAGUGAUACAUCAAUGGCGACAAAGGUUCAAGGACAUAAUAAUAGCUCCACAAGCGAUACAUCAACGGAUGUUAAAGGAGACAGCGCAUACAUCAAUGAAGAUUCUACAAAGAAUACAACACUGGAAGCUCAAGGUGGUAGUGCUGGAGGCUCAACGAAUGAUACAAUAGGUGAGACUACAAAGAGUAAUGAUUCCAUGAGCAACCAAAACGUGCAGCAUGUUGAAGGAGACAGCAUAGACAUCAAUGAAGAUUCUACAAAGAACAAGACAAUGGAAGCUCAAGGUGGAGGUGUUGGAGACUCAACGAAUGGUGAAAAAGAAGAGACUACAGAGAGUAAUGAUACUAUGAACAACCAAAACGUGCAGCAUGGAGAAAACAAUGCAAAUUCCACAAAUAACCAAACAUCAGAAAGUUCCUCAACGGAAAAAAAAGUGACAACAGAUAUCGAGAGCAGUACUUCAAAAGAAGUCACAAGUUUCAUAUCAAACCUUGAGCACAAAUCUCCAGGAACACAAGAGUUCCAGAGCUUCUUCCAGAAGCUUAAAGACUACAUGAAAUACGCAUGGCCAGUAUCUUCAACAUUUGAGGCAACGGACUCAAGAUCCUACAUGAGUGAGAUGACAAAUAUGGCAACAAAAGUCUCGGAUGCUAUGGCUGUCUUGCAAGCCAAGAAACUUGGGUCAGGACUGAUGAAAACAACACUACAAGGAUAUCAACAAGAGGUGAUGAAGACUCUUACCAUCUUGCAAUCGGUUUUGAGCAAAGCAAUAUCGGGACAACAAAGCCAGAACUCUGGUUCCUUGACGCUUACGUUAUCACAACAACAAGCAAUUAAGGAAAUAACUUUGAAAUGGGAACAAGUGAUGUCUCAGUUCGUAAGAGUUGCUACGGAGAGUGAAAAGCAAUUUUCAAUGGAGACUUCCACUGGAAACGGCUUUCAUAUGAAAAAGAGUUUUAGCUCUAGCUCUAGCUCUAGUAGUAGCUCGAGUUCAAGUCCAGGUUUGGAUUUCAAUCUCAACAGUGAAAGUCCGGAGAUGGUGGAUGUGAAUAGUUAGAGAGUACAUUAUGUCGAUAACAAUAUGAUUAUGGUUCAUUAGAAUUUUACACUGUUGUAAAAUAAACCCCAGUCGCCUUGAGGUUUAGACUUUUAAUUCUAGGGUGGGUACAAUAUAGAUCGGAAUACAAAUUGUGAACUUGGGAUGUAAAUUUUUUCUCGUGGAUAUGCAAGUAAAUUAAGAAG